AUGGAACUGCACGGAUUUGCUGAUGCAUCAUCUCAAGCGUAUGCUGCCGUCAUCUAUAGCCGCGUCGAAGUCAACAAUGGAUAUGCUGUCAAACUGAUUAUGGCUAAAACUCGCGUAGCCCCUAUUAGGCCUAUCUCUAUUCCGCGACAAGAGUUAAACGCAGCUCAUUUACGCUCUAAACUGAUUUAUCUGGUCAAGCAAUCAUUAACUGUUCCUAUUUCCAGAAUCAAUUGUUGGUCAGACUCUGAAAUAUUCCUGCAUUGGCUAUCUUCUCCGCCUAGGACUUGGAACACCUAUGUUUGCAACCGCACUGCUGAAAUUCUAGAGGUUUUCCCACGCAGCUGCUGGCAACAUAUUCAAAGUGGUGAUAAUCCCGCAGACUGCGCAUCGCGAGGAGUACUGCCAAAGGACCUCGUGGAUCAUCAAAUAUGGUCGAAUGGACCACCUUGGCUAUCUCAGUCACGUUCAGCUUGGCCACCUGUUAAAGCUAAGUUUGUUCUGUCGACAGAAGAAGAGGCCUGCCUAGAGAUGAAGGCUGAAACGAAAGUUAAUCUACACAUUUCCGACGACGGAUCGCUAUCGCUAUCUUCGCUAUCUUGUAUGAUCAACAAAUCCUCCUCAUGGUCCCGUUUAUUAAGGAUAGUCAGCUACUGCUUUCGCUUCGUUCAUCGUCUUCUUGAGAGGAAUCGACUUUCACCAUUCCUAACGGCGUGGGAGCUACAAUAUGCACGAGCUAAGAUCUUUACGCACGCUCAAGAGGAGUUCUUCAACGUGGAGUACAAGCAGUUAACUACCGGACAGCCAUUGUCGAAGAAAUCGAAGUUUUCUCUCUAA